AUCUGAUAUGUCACUCGAAUCAAGGCUUGAGCGGGUUCGCCCUCACCCACAGCCCGGUCUCCAAGCUCCGGAGCGCCCAGCCAUUCAUCCUUCAUUUAUCCAGGUAGCCAGGCCGUACUUGUUUGAGCAGACUAUUCAAGAUUGUAUUCAGGCCCUGGGAAUAAAUCCUCUCAGAGAAGAAUCAUUGCGUCUGCAAGGAGUGUCGUGGAUUGACAAUGUGCGAAAAGUGCUCCACCUGCCAGUGCGGACCUAUGAUACCGCUACGAUGUACUAUCACCGGUUCCGGUUGGUGCAUCCCGAUAAUGAAUAUAACUUUGUGGAUGCGGCCGCAGCAGCAUUAUUUACUGCAUGCAAGACUGAAGAUACCCUCAAAAAAUCAAGAGAUAUUGUAUGCGCAGCAUACAAUCUCAAGCUGUCACCAUCAGAUCACCUGGCGCCAGAUGAUCCCAUUUUUGACACUAAUUCUCGAGGAAUCAUUGGGUUGGAGAGGUUGAUGCUAGAGGCAUCAGGCUUCGACUUCCGCACCCGCCAUCCCCAUAAGACUCUAUUCAAGCUGGCCCGUCGUCAUGGAAUUUCAAUGGAAGUUCGGAGCCUGGCCUACCGCAUUUCACUAGAUCUCUAUCGAACAUUUGCACCACUCAAACAAUCAACGUCACCUUUGGCCUUCGCUUGUCUCGAACUCGCCAGUCGCCUCUCGAACCAGCGUACCGAGGCCCUAGAGUCCAGAGAGGAAUACGAGAGAUGGAACACGAGCAGAGAAGAAGUCAUGGAGACCCUCUUUGACCUUUUAGAACUCUAUACGCACCACCGCUCCUCAACAUCUGUAGGACCGCUUUUCCCAGCAGACCAGUUCUUGACCGUCCGCAUUCCACUGAAUCAAGAAGCUGGAGAAAUCAGCAUUUGUCGAUUCGCAUUCUGGGUCGACCGACCCCGUGACUCAAGGAAUUUGAGCGGUGGAGGUGGGAAUUCCGCAGAAUCUCCACAGCGACCUUUGCACCCGUUGACACCUGUUGCUGCCAAUGGUGAGCGCCACAGGGCAGAUAAGGGCCGGGAAGCAGCUGUCCGGUUUAUGCUUGAUUCUGCUGAAGCGGAUAAGGAGAAAAGGCAGGUUGAGGAGUAUUUCAAGCUUGAGACUGAAGAGUAUGAGGUCGAACAGUAAAGGUG